GUUUAGGCCCGACACGACCCAUAAAUUAUUCGUGCUCGUGCCGGGCUGGCCCAUUUAUUUCGUGCCCGUGCUCGUGCCAUGCCGUGCGGCACGGCCCUGCGCCCACGUACAUCUACGACGAUAUUUCCAUGCCUUUGAGGUUCGCAGUUACCAUGCUCAUAGCAAUCGUUCCUAUUCACUUACCAUGGUAGUAGAUAGGGGGAAGCGACACCCGAGUGAUCCUUCUCACAAAGAGCUUUCAAACCAUUUACCUUUUCCUUAUUUUAUUUUAAUUAGCAAACUUUUCAACCAAAAUUUUUUUGCUAGAUAAUGAAUCAAAUGACUGAAGUAGGGGUACACGAACCAGCCUAGGUUGGUAUUUAAAUAUACUUAUCUUGUACUGCAUCCGGCUAAGAUUUAUACUUGGACCUUAGACGAAAAUUUAUUGUGGUAUUCGGGACGAGUCAGUUUUUGGCACCGUUGCCGGGGACAACGGUAUGUUAUUUUGAAAAAGUUGUUUGGUCUUAAUCUAGCUUUUAAUUUCCAGUUUUGAAAGUGUGUGUGCUUUGAUUGUGCAAGACUUGGUGUGUUUUCCGAUUGUGUGAAGGUGGUACAGGACCGGGAGUAACUCAACACCUUUGCUACCACUUGAUAACUCAACACCUUUGCUACCACUUGAGGAGGACAUAAACCAAAAUCUCCGGCUCCUUGCAAGGGAGAGAGAGAGCUAGCGGAGGCAAGGAGAAGGAGUGAAGGAAGGGGACAACAUUUAGGUCCCGUUGUGCAAGAUGGAGCCUAACUCGCUAACUGAACAAUGCGGCGGGGGAAGAGGAAGCCCUGAGGAUGAUAGGGUACUAUAUGUCCCCAAGGCCGGCGGACAUUCAAUCGCCAAUCCUACAUCCCCCAGUGGCGGCAAACAAUUUCGAGAUCAGGCGAGCUCUAGUGACUAUGAUACAAAGCAAUGCUUUAUUCCACGACCUUGAGAGCGAGUAAGCAAGAGAGCACGUGCAGAGAUUCUUGGAGCUCGCGGGAAGCUUGAUAAUUAAUGGUGUGUCGGCCGAAGCUUUGCAACAAAUGCUUUUCGUAUUCACUUUUGGGGAAAGCACUUAGGUGGCUAAACAAUCACCCACCUCGGUCAAUCACCUCAUGGGACAACCUCCUCAACAAGUUUAUGGCUCGCUACUGCCCUCCUUCAAAGAUGGCGCAGUGGAGAAUGAAGAUAACCCAUUUCGAGCAAGAAGAGGACGAGACCUUAAGGGAUGCUUGGGAGAGAUACUCCGACUAUUUUCUUCAAUGCCCUCACCUCGGGUUUGAAGAACAGUUUAAGAUCAAAACCUUCUAUGGAGGCCUAAUGCAAGAAGAUAAAAUGCUCAUUGACUCCUUAUGUCAAGGGAAAUUGAUGACUAUGGCUCCGCCUCAAAUAACCGAGAUACUUGAAGACAUGGCCCUCAGGGGAUACGAUUGGGGGUUUCCUAGAAGUGGAAGGACGAGCAAUGAUAGGGGAGUGACGCGUGAGAGCGAGUGCUCUGCUUGAGGUGAAGUUGGAUAAGUUGAUAGAGGUAAUGCUUGAAGAUAAGAGGCAAGGAAAAAGACUGGUGAUGUCGUGCGACUGGGGCUCGAGCACUAGUCAUGAGAUGGCGGAGUGUCAAGCAAUGAAAGAGGAAACCGCUCCGGAGGAACAAGUCAACUUUGUGGCAAAUGCUAGGGUCAACAACCCGUAUAGCAAUACUUAUUUUUUGUUUUAGUGUCUUGUGAAGAGUUCGAGUGGUGAAGUGGUGUCCCCGUGCCAAGUUUUGUGGUUUUGCGGUUAAAGGUUGUGUUGUGGUCGAUUAGGAGGCACGGUGGAAUAGGUUGAGUCAAAAUUUUCUCAAUAGUGCCCUGUUUUCCCUGAUGUUCGCGAAUGAAUUGCAGUGUUCACA